AUUCCAUAUUGUAUCAUGCUGGCCGUUGGGGGUAUCCCGCUGUUCUUUAUGGAGCUCGUGCUGGGCCAGUUUCACAGGAAAGGCGCAAUUACCUGUUGGGGUCGUCUCGUGCCACUGCUUAAAGGCGUAGGUUAUACAGUCGUGCUGAUUGCUCUCUACGUCGAUUUUUAUUAUAACGUGAUCAUUGCAUGGGCAUUGCACUAUUUCCUAGUAUCAUUCAUGUCGCUCACAGCAACCGGUGGGGAUCUGCCCUGGACGAGGUGUGGCCAAAGGUGGAAUACAGCCAAUUGUUCAUCGCAAGCUCGUAGCAGUGAGGAUGGCUAUACUAGUCCAGCCAACGAGUACUUCAAGCACGAGCUCUACCACCUGGAUGAGGGCAUUGGAUUGGAUCAUCUUGGAUCAAUAAAAUGGAACAACGCAUUGUGCCUCCUUGCCGUCUAUCUAAUCUGCUAUUUCUCACUCUGGAAGGGAAUAUCUACCUCAGGAAAGGUGGUAUGGUUUACGGCGUUAUUUCCCUACGUGGUGCUCUUCGUUCUAUUCAUUCGAGGCGUGACGCUGCCCGGGGCCUAUGAAGGGAUUAUGUUUUACCUGACGCCAAGGUUUGCAGUUUUAAAAACCUCAGAGGUUUGGGUGGACGCCGCUACUCAGGUAUUUUUCUCUCUGGGUCCCGGUUUCGGAGUUCUGUUGGCGUUCUCAUCCUAUAACAAGUUUCAUAAUAAUGUGCUACGUGAUGCCAUUGUUACUUCGGCGAUCAACUCAACAACUUCAUUCCUAGCUGGAUUCGUCAUUUUUGCUGUUCUUGGCUUUAUGGCCCGUCGGGCCGGUGUGGAUAUUAAAGACGUUGCGACCGAGGGACCAGGCCUCGUCUUUGUAGUUUAUCCAGAAGCAAUUGCCGCUAUGCCCGGUUCACCAGCAUUUUUCUCUUUGAUAUUUUUCCUGAUGCUGCUCACUAUUGGGCUUGACAGUUCUUUUGGCGGCAGCGAGGCAGUUAUAACGGGUAUUGGAGACGAGUUUCCGCUCCUGAAGAAACAUCGCGAGCUGUUUGUUGCAGUGCUCUUUUCAUUCUAUUAUUGUAUUGGGCUUCUCAGUUGUACCGAGGGGGGUCUAUACGUCGUAAAUCUAUUGGACCAAUUUGCUGCAACAUACUCAAUUUUAAUUGCUGUUUUCUUCGAAGCGGUUGCCGUAUCUUGGAUAUAUGGUAUCCGGAGAUUCUCAGAAGAUAUUCGAGAGAUGCUCGGCCGCGAUGUAGGGCUAUACUGGAAAUUUUGUUGGAUGUUUAUGGCACCCAUAUUUAUUUUGAUUAUUGUGGUCUCCUCGUUUGCCGGCUACUCAGGAAUUGCCGAUCAGGAACAAUAUAGCUAUCCGCAAUGGGCUGAAACCGUGGGCUUUCUUCUGGCCGGUUCUUCGGUAUUGUGCAUACCAAUCCUCGCUAUCAAAGGUCUUUUAACAACGAGGGGUACCCUACAACAGCGUCUUCAAGCACUGACAACCCCCUGGCGAGAUCUGCAAUAUCCGCAACAGCAUCAGGCGUCAGGGACUAGCAUUAACUGUGGUAACAAUCGAGGUAAAACGACUACCUCAGCGACUACAGUGAAUGCUAUCCUGCCUACUCCGAUCACAACCACUGGGCACGAUCCUCAGGAUAACCAAGAGUUUAACUAAAUCGGAUGGGUCGGCCAAUGUGCCAUCAGUUGUUUUACGACAAUAUAGUAUCAUAGGCCGAAUCUUCACCGAGAGCAGCACAAGCCUAAAUGAAAGUGAUAUUUAGAUUACCGCCGACAGCAAACAUUGUCAUUGAAAUUAUUAUCAUUAAUUAAUAUAAAUUAUUAGAUUUAUACAUUGC